UAAACAUCUAAUAGACAAGGACUGACGAAACACCAGCGCAAAAUGGAGAAGACACUUUAUCAGUGCGAUGUCUGUAACAAGUCGUUCUCUAAAAGUACCGAUUUGACGAUACAUCGACGCAUGCACACUGGAGAAAAACCGUUCCCUUGUGAUGUAUGUGAAAAGUCGUUCUCUAAAAGUGGUAAUUUGACAGCACAUCGACGCACACACACUGGAGAAAAACCGUACGCUUGUGAUGUAUGCGAAAAGUCGUUUUCUGAAAGUGGUAGUUUGACGAAACACAAGCGGACUCACACCGGAGAAAAACCGUACGCGUGUGAUGUAUGCGAAAAGUCGUUUUCUACAAGUAGCAAUUUGACAACACAUCGACGCACACACACUGGAGAAAAGCCGUACGCUUGCGAUGUAUGCGAGAAGUCGUUCUCCGAAAGUAGCCAUUUGACGAGACACAAGCGGACUCACACUGGAGAAAAGCCGUACGCUUGCGAUGUAUGCGAGAAGUUGUUCUCCGCAAGUACCGAUUUGACGAUACAUCGACGCAUGCACACUGGAGAAAAACCGUUCCCUUGUGAUGUAUGCGAAAAGUCGUUUUCUGAAAGUGGUAGUUUGACGAAACACAAGCGGACUCACACCGGAGAAAAACCGUACGCGUGUGAUGUAUGCGAAAAGUCGUUCUCUACAAGUAGCAAUUUGACGAUACAUCGACGCAUGCACACUGGAGAAAAACCCUUCCCUUGUGAUGUAUGCGAAAAGUCGUUCUCUCAAAGUGGCAAUUUGACGAGACACAAGCGGACUCACACUGGAGAAAAACCGUACGCGUGUGAUGUAUGUGAAAAUUCAUUCUCCGAAAGUAGCCAUUUGACGAAACACAAGCGGACUCACACUGGAGAAAACUUGUACGGGUGCGAUGUAUGUGAAAAGUCGUUCUCUGAAAGUGGCAGUUUGACGAAACACAAGCGGACUCACACUGGAGAAAAACCGUACGCGUGCGAUGUAUGUGAAAAGUCGUUCUCUCAAAGUGGCACUUUGACGAAACAUCGACGCACGCACACUGGAGAAAAGCCGUACGCUUGCGAUGUAUGCGAGAAGUCGUUCUCCACAAGUACCGAUUUGACGAUACAUCGACGCAUGCACACUGGAGAAAAACCGUUCCCUUGUGAUGUAUGUGAAAAGUCGUUCUCUAAAAGUGGCAAUUUGACAGCACAUCGACGCACACACACUGGAGAAAAACCGUACGCUUGUGAUGUAUGCGAAAAGUCGUUUUCUGAAAUUGGUAGUUUGACGAAACACAAGCGGACUCACACCGGAGAAAAACCGUACAAGUGUGAUGUAUGCGAAAAGUCGUUCUCUACAAGUAGCAAUUUGACAACACAUCGACGCACACACACUGGAGAAAAGCCGUACGCUUGCGAUGUAUGCGAGAAGUCGUUCUCCGAAAGUAGCCAUUUGACGAGACACAAGCGGACUCACACUGGAGAAAAACCGUACGCGUGUGAUGUAUGUGAAAAUUCAUUCUCCGAAAGUAGCCAUUUGACGAAACACAAGCGGUCUCACACUGGAGAAAACUUGUACGGGUGCGAUGUAUGUGAAAAGUCGUUCUCUCAAAGUGGCAAUUUGACAAGACAUAAGCGUACGCACAUGGCACACUGAACGGAAGUAUCAAAGAUCUAUGAUUCAAUGACCGUAUUAAAAUAAGAUACAUCUAGAUAACAUAUUACAUAUUACGGUCAAUGUGUUAAUUUUAUCGAGUAAAUAGUUGUUUCUUAAUACUUAAUAAAUUGCUAAUUUUUCAUAUGCUUAAAUAAAUACACAUUUCGUAUGGUUUUUAAUGU